AACUUCAAAGAACAAUCUAGAAUUUAGCUUUGGGAGGGCAAAGGUUACCGGCAAAAAUGGCGUCCCUCCUCCUUCCCUUUCCCACCGCGUUCAAUUCCCGGCGACAGAGCAGCCUUACAAAGCCCGCGAUUUACAAUUGCGCCGCCGAAAACCGGACGCCCUUAUCCACUCCUGUUGGCGCUUAUAAAUUUGAUUUCCACCGUCCGUUUCGCUUCAGGCGUAAUUAUUGGUCUGGCCGUUGCCGCGCCGCCGUUCCACCACCGGAGCCACCUUCCGAGAAGUACCGACCUUCCACUUCAGGUCUAGCGGCAACUUUCACCAGAGUUAAAGAUACUCUGCAGGUCUUCUUCGCCGUUCUAUUCUGGAUGUCUCUUUUCUUUUGGUCUUCUGCGUGGGAUGGAGGGAACAACGGCAGACCUAAUAAGAGAACUCGAAAUAGGAAAUAAUACAUUACGCUUGUACGAUAUGUGUGCAUAUAUAUACAUACUUAUAGAAGUCCAAAAUAGAAGUAUAUAUAAUAAUACAUUAAGAUCUGUCGUAGUUACUAAGAAUCGUUCUAAUCCAGGCACGAUUGAGCCCAUCUACAGUAAUAAGAACUUAAAGAAUUAUAGAA